CUCAGCCGCGCGCACUUAAGAGCCCAGAAAUGACACGGGAAAACACGUCAUUCCCGUUAUUUUAAAUCUAUUCCUUCAGGUUUACGUUGCUAUAUGCGUUUCUGUUUUUCAUUUACUCGGAAAGAAAAGUAUCAAGGUUAUGGUGUGGUGAAGAAUAAAGAGAGAGUGUUUUGUUACAUUGCAAUAAAACCAAAACGAAAUCUCCUGCAACCACUAAAGAAUCAAGAGGAUUUGUUUGUCAGAGAAACAAAAGGAAGUGACAAUGGGGCGAAAGAAGAUCCAGAUAACCCGCAUAAUGGAUGAGAGAAACAGACAGGUAACAUUCACAAAGAGGAAGUUUGGUCUGAUGAAGAAGGCGUAUGAGCUUAGUGUUCUGUGUGACUGUGAAAUAGCCCUGAUAAUCUUCAGCAGCUCUAAUAAGCUUUUCCAGUAUGCCAGCACGGACAUGGACAAGGUCUUACUCAAGUACACAGAAUACAACGAGCCUCACGAGAGUAGAACCAACUCCGACAUAGUGGAAGUGUUGAAUAAGAAGGAGCAAAGAGGCUGUGACAGUUCAGAUCCAGAGACAUCUUACAUCCUCACCCCUCACACAGAGGAGAAAUAUCAGAAGAUUAACGAAGAGUUCGACAAUAUGAUGAGAAAUCAUAAAAUUCCGGUUGCUUUGGGUCAGCAGAGUUCCUCUAUGCCUUUGACUUUGCCCGUCACCAACCCCACUCCUCUCUCCUACAGUACGGACAGUUUGCUGGACAUCCCAGCAUGCCUCAGUGGGGCGAGCAUACUGUCCCUCCAAAGCUCUGAUUGCACUGGGGUCAUGGAUGGUUUGCCAAGUUCCUCAGAUGUCACACUUCCAAAUGGUGUCAAUUCCAGUCAUGUGGCCAAUGGUAUUAUCGGUGGUUCUGAAGGAAGCAGAAUGGGAAGAGUCAUUUCUGUGAAAUCUCAAGCGUUGUCCACGGUGGGCCGCAAACCCGAUCUGACAGUGCUCAUUCCUCCUGUAUGCCAGGACAUUGUUUCUUCACUGAGAAUAAACAACUCCCAGUCCUGUCAAUCACUGACCACACCGGUGGUGUCCAUAGCAACCCCCAGUCUGCCUCCCCAGGGCCUUGUGUACUCAGCAAUGACCUCAUCAUUCAGUACAGAUUAUGAAUUGAACAGUCCAGGCAGUCCCUUACACAGCUUUAGUUCACCAGAGGGUAUCACAUCAGGGCCUUCAUGGCAACAUCGUAAGCAUGGUCAGCCAGGGUUCAGUAAUCAGAGAGCCACACAGGCAUAUGACCCCUCCUGUAGCUCCAUCAGCAUCAAAUCAGAACCCAUCUCCCCACCCAGAGAACAUGCUGCUCAGUCUAUUUACCCCCCCAUCCACACCAUGUCUGCGCCAAACUCCAAACAUGAAGUGGGUCAUUCUCCUGCAGAGAGCUUCAGCUCUUCUGGUAGUUCAUAUGAGUGUAGCGACCGAGAAGACCAACGGUUGGACUCUCAGUCGGUCACCGCUACCCCAGGACAAGGUAGUAAAACAUCACCAGGGACUGUGGACCAGGACAAUCCGUCAGUCAAACGCAUGCGAACAGACAGCUGUGUAACUUAGGAUCAUGACUGGCUCAAAGGAAAUCUCAAAAAGUCAAGUUUCUGUCAGCAUGUGUUACAGAUACAGACACUGCAGUUGAAUGAUGCUUUUUGCAGGAAACAAUAUGAAGGCACAUCACAGUGGUGUCCGUGAAAAGGAAAUAUGAAGUAUAAAGAAUGUGUGGAGCUAUUAAUUUGCUCAUUGUUUUAUUAUUCACAUUUUUAUAGGGUUAAAAGUCUAUAUAAUGAAGUGUCUGAGACUUUUGGAGGAGGUGAUAUCUUAGCUGCAUUUUUUGCAGUAUAAUAGGUUUUGCAAGUCAAAUGUGUUAUUUUUUUUAUAUUUUUUUGUCUUUAUCUUGUGAGAUUUCUCAAUCAAAGCCAUAUACAUUUUAAGUGAGACUCGCUAUAUCCUCUGCAAUUCAGUGUAAGAGUGUUAAUGCUCCAGUGAUCACGGUUUAUUCCAUCAACAUUGUACAGAAAACACUUCUGAUACAUUUUACAAAUUUAAAUGGAUGGAACUCAAUGACGUCAAGUUGUGACAAAAUGUUCUAAAAUUGUGUUGCUUUAGUUUUAAUUAAUUACAUUGAACAAGCAGAAAAAGUCAUUUUUUGUGUUCUCUUCUUCCACAAAAGGAACAUUGUUUUAGGAGCAAGUCAUUACAUUUUGUUGAAAGAUUAUGAAGACAAUUUUUUUUUUCCUCCAUGGAAUAAUGCAAAUUAUGAAUCAUGCAUUAUAACAUCUGGAAUGUGUACAAUAAGGGGAAAUGAUAGGGUCAGUUUUCACUUUAUGUUGACUUUAAAUCCCACAAUCCCUUUAUAAAAACAGACUAUAAAAAUGUCACUUCUCCUUGAUCAAAAUUAAUUUGUGAAUUAGAUGCCUGGUAUAAUUUAAACAAUGUUAAUAUUGUAAAUACUGUCGUUCUGUUGUUACACAAGCAUUUAAAAUAUACCUAGCUUAUUUAAAUGUUUUAUAGUGUUUUUAUCUUUUAUUCAGACUGAAUGUGAUGGGGAUAUCCCCAAUAUUGCAAAGGAACAGUGUUCACACCAUAGUGUACAAUUGGGUUUAAACACUGGCUGUAUAUUCACUGGUUGCUAUGCGAUCAUGAAGAGCAAACAUUGAGCCCAAUGUAUCCAAUUAGAUGUUUUUCAGUACUAUAUAUAUAUAUAUAUAUAUAUAUAUAUAUAUAUAUUUUUUUUUUUCCUGCUAAUUCCAGUUUUUUUUUUGCAGCUCUGUUUCUAAUGCCAACGUUCUCAAAGUUUUCUCAUGCCAGAUAAAAUCUGUUUUCACCGAUGCCAGUACAAUCUUUGCAACUUGAGAAGCACAUAUUAUAUGAUGCUUAUUGUCAAAGCCCUUUAUUGUUUGUAUGCCAUAAUGAGUGAAAAUAAACACAA